CUCUCCGCCUCUCCACUCAGAUCAUAUUGUUGGCACCUCAGCAGUGGAGAGGUAUCCUGUUCUUGCUCUCCACACUUACAAAGAACAAAAAAUAAAAAUAAAAAAACACACCAAGAACUCUUUGCAAGCUUCACAUAUUGUGAUGAACACGAUGGCUGACAGCUGAAACCCGCCCGACGGACCUCACUCACUUUACAGCAAAUCCGCUGGGGUAACAUGAUGGAGGUGGCGGGUGCCUGGACAGAAGUGUUCGAGGCCUCAGAGACGUCGGGUGGAGCAGAGACGCUGCUGGGGAGCUCCACCCUGACUCUAGCUCCUCUGGUGGCCGACUCUCCCUCCAUCCGCCGCUCACAGCCCAUCCUCAUUACUGUGAACAGGGGUAAAGGCGUUGACUCCUUCUCUUCCUCCGUCCCGUCGAUACCGAACCCCUUUCCAGAGCUGUGCAGCUCCUCAAAUUCUCCGGUGCUCAUCAGUUCACUUCCCACGCCAGCCAGCAACAAACACCUGAUCAAGGUGUAUGGAGAGGACAGCCACAGCCGCUCGGUGUGGGUUUCUCGAGCAGCGACAGCCAGAGAUGUUUGUCACAUGUUGGUCCAGACGGCUCACUGCAGCGACCAGGAGAACUGGGCUCUGCUGGAGGUCCACCCCACGCUGGGUCUGGAGAGAUGUCUGGAGGACCACGAGGUCAUGCUGGAGGUUCAGGCGACCUGGUCACUCAAAGGCGACACAAGGUUCGUUUUCUGCAAAAACUACGCCAAGUACGAGUUCUUCAGGAAACCGAUGCUCUUCUUCCCAGAGUGCAUGAUCUCUGACAGCGCUGACGUCAGCAAGGGGAUGACAUCAUCGGAGCUCAUUCAGAACCUGCUGAGAUCCGGGACGUGUCCGGAGAUUCAGGGCUUCCUGCAGGUCAAAGAGCCGAGUCGUAAAUCCUGGAAGAAGGUCUACUUUUUCCUCCGCCGCUCCGGACUCUACUGCUCCACCAAAGGAUCCUCAAAGGAGCCUCGACACCUGCAGUACGUAGCUGAUCUGGACGAUCUGAACGUUUACACGGUGGUGAACAGCCGCAAACUGUACGGAGCGCCAGCGGACUUCACCUUCUGCAUCAAGCCUUGCAGGAAUCCCCUCCGAGUUCAGGACCUGAAGAUCUUGUGUGCCGAGAGCGAACAGACUCGAACCUGUUGGACGUCGGCUUUCAGACUCUUCAAGUACGGGAAGCAGCUCCAGUGUAACUACCAGCUAUCAACGUCGGCCCCGAGGAGCCUGGAGGGAACCAAACUGUCAGAGGGGAAGUCGAGGUCAGAGGCCAGUCUGGUGGCCAUGGACUUCUCAGGGAAGACCGGAGGACGGGUGAUCCAGAACCCAACGGAGGCCCAGAGCGCAGAGAGGGAGGAGGGACAGGCCUGGAGGAGGAGAGAAGCUCUGAGGUGCAGUCUGCCCAACCUGAACUCUGGAUCCAGACCCACCUCGAUCCACAAGACCCAGCCGUGGUUUCAUGGCGGCGUGUCCAGAAAGGAGACCCAGAGGCUGAUAGAGAAGCAGGGCCUCGUAGACGGGAUGUUCCUGAUCCGUGAGAGCCAGCAGCACGCUCAGUGCUUCGUCCUCUCGCUCUGCUACAAGCUGAAGACCAAACAUUACCUGGUGAUCCCUUGCGAGGACGGCGGCAGGAAGUACUUCACCAUGGACGACGGGCUGACCCUCUUCAUCGACCUCCUGCAGCUGGUGGAGUUCCAUCAGAUCAACAAGGGCAUCCUCCCCGUCUGCCUCAAACACCCCUGUGUCUGUGUGGCCCUAUGAGUCCUUUAUGGCCCCUCUUUAAUGUAGAACAUCCGACACUUUAAAGUUUAAAAUAUGAGCUUCAGAUUGUGUUUAUAUUUAAAGCAGAGUAGAUAAAAGAACUACGAGGCGACUGAAUUCUGUGAUAUAAAGAUAUCAGGGUUUGUAAGACGUGGACUCCCUGGAGAAGCAUAUUGUCCUCCAAUCUUUAGUAUAUUUUACUAUUUUAUAUUUUUAAUUAACAAAUCCAGCCGUCACCAUAGCGACUGCUUAAUUAUCCGCGUCGGACACACUUGUAGUGCACUUUGAUCCAUAAAACAGCCGUGGUGUGAUUGUGUCUUUUCACCAGAUCUCACUGUGGCCACCAGGGGGCGCUCUAAGUCAAAGCUUAUUCCAGCUGGUGUAAUGUAAAGAAAUUAACACAUGUAUUUUGAUAUUUUACUUUGUGAUAUUAUAAUCAUGAAAAUAACCCAGGUUGCAAUCAUGUAGCAUUUAAAAUCCUCACUCCUAUUGACUUAAUGUUUUUUAACAUUAACUUUCUUAUUUGUGCCUUAAAAAACGUUCUCAUAUGUUGAUUUAAAACAAACUUUCAUCGCUGUAUUUGCACAAAGAUGGUGAAGGGGGAGCUGCGUUUUCUUAUGUUUAAACAACCAAAUAUAUUAAUGUAAACAGGUUUUAUGAGGGUUUUUUUUUUUACCUUGGAACUCAUUGAGGAAGACCAUAAGAUCUGGUUAAAGCUCUGGAAAAAAAAAAAACUAGACCUAAAAUUAAGACUUUUUGUUAACACUUAUUUUACAGGCCUCUGAUUUCUCCCCAAAAUACUAAAAAUUCAAAAAAAAAAUUAUGUGAUUCAUUGCAAGUGUAACUUUCAAGUCUGCAAUUAUUAGAAUUAAAUAACAAAACUAAGUAAUACCAAAUUACAUAUUUGAUU